AGGUGUACCAAAUUUAGAAUUACCAGAACUUAAAGUAAUGGUUACUAGUAUAGACACUAAUUUCUUAGAUUUUACUAGAUAUUCAAAUUUUACUAAACUUAAAAGAAUUAUGGCCUAUGUUCAUAGAUUUGUUAAUAAUUUUAUUUGCAAAUAUAGUAAAAAUAAAAACUUUAAUAAGCUAACAGGUUGUCUUAGCACAGAUGAACUUUGUAAUUCCCUAAAAACAUUAAUUAGGUGUUGCCAAGUGCAAUCAUUUUCUUGCGAAUUAAACACAAUUAAAACGAAGAAAGAACUGCAUCACAAAUCCAAAAUGCUACCACUAAAACCAUUCAUAGAUGAAGAUGGUAUACUUAGAGUGGGUGGUCGUAUACAAAAUACAAAUUACAAUUUUGAAAAAAGACAUCCAAUUAUACUUGAUGCCAAACAUAGUUUUACUAAAUUACUUAUGAGACAUGAGCAUUUAAGGUUAUUUCAUGCCGGACCACAACUACUUUUAUCUUCUAUAAGAGAAGAAUAUUGGCCUAUAGGUGGUAGGAACUUAGCUCGUAGUAUUUUAAGAAAAUGUGUAGUAUGUAUACGAUUUAAAGGUAAAACACUUCAACCUAUAAUGGGUAACCUUCCUAAUGUAAGGACAAAUCCUAGUUUUCCUUUUUAUUCAUGUGGAACAGAUUUUGCAGGUCCGUUCAUGAUUUCAAGUAGAAAAGGUAGAGGUAGUCGAGUAUCAAAAUGUUACCUUUGUUUAUUUGUUUGUCUUACAACUAAAGCUGUUCACUUGGAGCUCGUUAGUGACCUUACUACUCAAGGUUUUUUAAUGUGCCUUAGGAGAUUUGUUUCGAGAAGGGGAAAACCUUACGAAAUUUAUUCAGAUAAUGGAAAAACAUUUGUAGGGGCUAACAAUGAAUUGGGUAGAGUGCUUAAGUCUAGUCGCGAGGCUGUGACAGAGUAUGGCAGUACUGAAGGCAUUAGAUUUAAAUUUAGCCCUGCAUAUUCACCUCAUUUUGGGGGUAUUUGGGAAGCUGGGGUUAAAUCAUCCAAACAUCAUCUUAAGAGAAUAGCUGGCAACGCAGCCUUAACAUUUGAGGAACUUGCAACGUUGUUCACACAAAUAGAGGCUAUCCUAAAUUCCCGUCCCCUAUCUCCUCUCUCAUCCGACCCAACCGAUCUCCUACCCUUAACCCCUGGGCACUUCCUAAUCGGGCGGCCACUCAAGUCGGUGCCGUCCUUGCUAAUUGAAAAGUCUAGAGCUAACAGAUACGAGCGUAUAGAGCAGCUGCGGCAACAGUUUUGGGAGCGAUGGCGCCGAGAGUACCUCGCCGAACUCCAACAGAGGACCAAGUGGCGGAGACCAGACCGGGAACUCAAAGUAGGCGACUUGGUCAUCCUCAAAGAAGACAACCUACCUCCAUUAUGCUGGCGACUAGGCCGCAUAACCAAACUUUACCAAGGACCAGAUGGCGUCAGCAGAGUCGCCGACGUCCUCACAUCGAGAGGGACUGUCAAGAGGGCAGUCCACAAGUUUUGCAUCAUACCUGGAGAUGACAUCGACCCAAAUUCAACUGCUUGAUAGCUGUGCUAUCAAGGCCCGGGAGGAUGUUAACGCGCACACUGUGCAGGCGCGCCAAACCGAUCCACCGUGCAGCACGAGAAGGGGAUGCGGGACGCGCGGGAGGAGGGCCGCUGGCCGCGUCGCUUCGCCGGGGCCGCGCCGCACUCUUUCGCCAUCGGCACCGGACGAGUGCACACGUCGUGAUUAACCUAAUAUUUUUGUAUAACGCCAAUCGCCACACGUCGUAACUAUGAAACCUAUGUAACUAAUUACUUUCUUAAGAAUAUAAGCAGUUUGUACCAGAGGCA